GGGGUAGAUCAGGACGACGGAGAGAGGGAUUCCGAUCCCGGGUACUAAUUCGUACACUCGGAACGGGAUGAAGAUCUUCCAGGUUUUACCCAGUAGCCAACACAAUGUCCGUAACAUCCAAGGUGAACCCAAACUUUGUUGUACAAGUCCAGCCAGGCGAGUACAAAUCCUUCCUCAAGUCCCUCAAGGCAUUUGAGGAAGGAGAAGUCAUUGCAUCGUUGGAAGGUGUUACUAGGGCUCCCAAGUCGUACAGAACUGUUCAAUGUGGGCUUGGACCCAAGGAUCACAUCGAGCUGAACAGUGAUUUUGUUUACGUGAAUCAUUCAUGCGAGCCAAACACGGCGUUUGACUUGUCCUCCCCCAACCCCGCAGACUGGCAUAUACGGGCGUUAAGGCGCAUCGAAGCUGGAGACGCACUCGGCUUUUUCUACCCUAGCACGGAGUGGGAUAUGGAUCAACCAUUUUCUUGCGAAUGCGGUACAAAGACUUGCCUAGGAAUUAUUCAAGGUGCUAAAUACUUGAGUAAAGAAGAGUUGCUAGCUCGUAGAUGGGUCAGCCCCUGGAUCCUCGACUUGAAGUCGAAAAGGAUUGAUCAGAACUCGAAGGUAUCGGCAAAGAUAAGUUCGAGGCUUUAG